UACAGUACAGGCACCGAUAGCUAGAAACUUCUGUUGUCUUUGUCCAUUCAUCACGCGAAGCAAAGCAAGGGCAAGCCAUGCACCCGGUGCCACCGCGAUCGUCGACGUCGAGCCCCAGCAGCAUCGCCGCCAGCGCCACGCGGGUACACCCAUCCGACGCCGCCGACGCCGACGCCGUCGCCGUCGCUCAUCAUCGUCACGACGGCAGCAGCGGCGGCCGCCGUGGCCGUGCCACCAACGCCACCACCAGCCGCCGCGGCGCCGUGGGGCAGGGUCAGCCGGCGGUGUACACGGUGUGGAAGCGGUCGAGCAUGGGCUUCCAGGGCACGGACGGCUUCUCCGUCUACGACGCCGCCGGCAGUCUGGCGUUCCGCGUCGACAACUACUCCCGCCGCCGGAAGCUCUUCGCCGGCGAGCUCCUCCUCAUGGACGGCCGCGGCGCGCCGCUCCUGGCUCUCCGCCCGCAGAUUCUCAGCAUGCACGACCAGUGGAACUGCUACAGAGCAGCUUCAUCAUCAGAAGAAUCCGCCGGCGACAAGACGAGCUUCCCCAGACGGCAACAUCUCUUCUCAAUGAGAAAAUGCUCACUUGUCAAAGGCACUGACGAAGCGGAAGUGUACAUGGCAUCAGGAUCAGCAGCAGCAGCUCACGGCGUCCAGCAGGUCCCGAGCUUUACGGUGCAGGGCAGCUUCUGGAGGAGAAGCUGCAAGAUCCGGAAAGGCGGCGACGGCGAGGAGGUGGCGAGGAUCACCAGAAAGAAGGUCGGCGCAGCGGCGUCGCAGCCGGUCACGCUCGGCGAAGACGUGUUCAGCCUCACCGUCAUGCCGGACGCUGAUUGCGCCAUGGUCAUGGCUUUCGUUGUUGUCAUGGACCGCAUCUGCCAGAGGCCGUACAAGCCCUUGAUGUGUUCUUCUUCGUCAGGGUCCUGUGCUUCGUAGGCCAUACAUGGUAUCGGUGCUCAUAUGAAGGGGUUUUGUUUGGAUCUGGUGCAUGGUUGUUUGUGAGGGAAUUGUGGUGCUGAUCGAGGCAGUAGAUUAAUUCACAAGGGUAGGGAUUUGUAGUUGCUAAUUACAGAGAUGUCGCUAGUUGAUUGACUGGACAGAGACAGCCAACAUGGUAUAAUGUUGUAAGCUGUAACUCCAUCUUUUAGAGCAAUAGAUGAUGAUGAAUGACUAUUCAGAUUUAUUUAGCUGCAACUAAUCUAACAUUGCAAUUGCUAUAGAGACUGCAGUUAGUAGUGCAUAGCUAGUGUGAUCCCUAACUUUCAGGGAAAGUUCCUAACUCCUAAGGGCUGUCUCUUCUUUAUACUGAAACUCAAAAGGAAGAUGCUACUGUUACAAGUUGGCUCGGCUAGGAACAAACAGAUCGAG